GGGGCCGGAAGUGCUGCUCCCGGGCGGGGGCUGUUCAUGGCGGUUCCGGGGUCUCCGGCUCUUCUCCCGGGUGAAGUCCUAGGUCCGCGGGUGGCCGGGUCGGCGGGGCUGGCGGUGCUGGCCGGUGUGAAAUGACCGAGUACAAACUGGUGGUGGUCGGAGCAGGUGGCGUUGGGAAGAGCGCGCUGACCAUCCAGCUGAUCCAGAACCACUUCGUGGAUGAGUAUGACCCUACCAUAGAGGAUUCUUACCGAAAGCAGGUAGUGAUAGACGGAGAAACCUGUCUGCUCGACAUCCUGGACACCGCUGGACAGGAGGAGUACAGCGCUAUGAGGGACCAGUAUAUGAGGACAGGCGAGGGCUUCCUCUGCGUGUUUGCUAUUAAUAACAGCAAGUCAUUUGCAGACAUCAACCUGUACAGGGAGCAGAUUAAACGAGUGAAGGACUCCGAGGAUGUGCCCAUGGUGCUGGUGGGGAACAAAUGUGACUUGCCCACAAGGACAGUGGACACAAAACAAGCCCACGAACUGGCCAAGAGCUACGGGAUCCCAUUCAUCGAAACCUCAGCCAAGACCAGACAGGGUGUCGAGGAUGCCUUUUACACCCUGGUGAGAGAGAUCCGCCAGUACCGGAUGAAAAAGCUCAACAGCAGUGAUGACGGGACCCGGGGCUGCAUGGGCUUGCCUUGUGUGCUGAUGUAACGAGGAGUGAGCAUUCUCAUGUCUGUUGUCCGAGAAGAGCCACUUUGAAGCCGCUGACCCCAGUCCUGACUCCGGAGGAGAAGAACCCAGUUGCUCUCUUCAUCUCAGAGACACUCCUGCUGCCCUGACUACUCGGGGGUCUUGCGAGAACCUCUCAGAACAACUACCUCCUCGCUUGGUCAUCUGACCAGAGAAGUGCGCCUCCUCUGCUCCCUGGUAGUGUUCUGCCCUGGGUUUUCCCCAUGAGAAACAAACCAACCUGUGCUAGGCAGGCCUUUCCCUGAGAAAAGCAGUCUAUGCUCUGAAACAGGCUGGCAGCAGCUUCUUGAGCUCUAGAGGAGUAGCUGCGGGGUUCCUCCCUACCCCGCCCCUCUUUUUUACUGUUGAACCUCUGUUCAUUUUUGGAGAAAUGUCAUAAAUUACUGUUUUGCCAAGAAUCUAGUCAAUGUUGCCGAUUGGUUUGAUUGUCAUGUGAUCAGCUAUGCUCUAUAAAUUGGCAUGAGUCUGCCCCGCUUUCACAAAUAGAAGGGUGAAUGAACGCGCUGACCCUGGCAUCCGCCUUACUCUUCCUGACUUCCAUGAAAUUGAAUCCAACUUUCCCAAUAAAGUGCCUUUUUCCUAGAAGUGGUUUGUAGACUUCCCCCGGGACCUCCGUGGAGCAGGGUCCCCCAGCCAUGGGGGUGGCAGCCUCUGACUACCAGCUGGAGGAAAGGUCCCUAGACAGUCACCUAUGGUAAGGUGCUUUCGCAGAAGCCUGGGUGGGCCUUUCCCAGGAGAGAGAAGAAACUGGAAACAGUGACUAGUGAUAAUCACUUCAUGGCUAACCUCAUCGCUUUUUAGUAGCUUAAUACUUACAAAGUUUGUGAGUUGUUGCUGUUUUCUGUUUUGUUUUUAGCUUACUGAUAAUCUAAUACUCAACAACUUCCAUUUAUUAUGAAAUUUGGGUCAAAGGAGGAAGUUCUUCAGUUACACAUACUCAGAUAUCAUAAAAGUUUGGUGUACUGCUUUAUAGCUGUAAUCCGUGAUCUUCAGUCCUCAAAUACGGUGUUACAUCUCCACUGCCUGUCCUAGUUUCAUAACACAGUAAGUGUCCUACUCCUGUCAGGUCACCACCGUACCGCCUCCCUCCCUCGGCCCCUCUGCAGUAGGGGCUGGGUUAACUGUUUCCGUUUAGUUAACCAUGGUGCUAAUGGACCAGGGAGGUCGCUGAUGCAAAGGCUAAACAAGUCAGUUAUCACAAAAGUAAACCCCUUCCCUAAGCCACUCCCUGUGUGGUAACUCUUGCAGUUUCACCAAUGCCUGUUUGCCCUGCAAGGGAAGAAGAGGUUAGAGGUUAGUGCCGUGAGGCCUUCACUGGCACUGGAAAAGCCUGGGAUCCUAUGUGGGCAGUAGAAAUCUUCAGAAGUAAGCCCUUUUUAAAGCCAAUUUGAAUAAAGUUGCUAUUUUUUCUUGUUUUUACUGGAAUGAGGAUGAAUCAGGAAUGUGCCGGUUGUUGCUUAUAAUGUUCUUUGAAGGGUGAUGAAUUUAUUCAGAACACAAAGGAGACUUGGACUUGCUAUUUUAGAACAGAAUGGAAAAUAGAGCUAUUGUUGACACUGGUUGGGGGCUGGCAGACAACACUGGGCCAGAGCCCAACACCUUGCACGUGCCUUGCUCACCGUGCUCGUGCCAUGCUCAUGUUCCACAGCCAGCUCCAGCCCCAGUAAUGCUAAUGAAAACAGACUUGGAUCCCAUCGAACCACAACUAAUUCCAAAUGACCACUCUCUUAUAUGGUCUUCUAAUAGCUAUGCAUUUUUCUUGGUUUUCUAACAUGAAUGUUCACUUAGGAAACAAACCAUUACCUGGAAAUGAACAAGAGGGAAAGAAGCGCAGACUGCCCAGAGGCAGGCUCAGACUGUGGUCUGCUGGCUGAUGCCUGCUUAUGCCCGCUGCUCCACAAAAGAUUGGUGCCUGUAAGCCUUGGGGCUGUGUCCUGUGCCUUUUGGCUCAUUGAUCUCUCAUUUCCUUGAGGCUUGGCACCCCUGCCCCAAUCUUUUUUCAUUGACUCUGACACACAGUGUAUUCUCUUGACUCUUCCAUUUAAUGUCAGAUUAGGGAGAAGGUAGGCCACCCUGGGCUCCUAGGACCACACCUUGUCUGCACAUCUAUAGUGUUUUCACAUGUGUUCCAGCACAGAGGUAUCCAGAUAGGGCCAAAUUCCUACUUGAAAAUCCUCUCCUUCUGGCUUCUUAAGGAAUGACUUGGGGUUUAAAUUUUGCCAUGACAGAGAGACAGACAUAACAGUUUAAGAGCUAAAUAAGUUCUGUUAGUGUGAUUAAAACUGGAGUUGUUGGAAUAUGUUUGUAAUAAACUGAAAAUAAUGCUAGCUUACCUCAAAAUCACUUUCCCCUUUAAGUGCCUGGUCAGCUGUUGUAAAUUCCAUAUGCCUUUCUGGUAGUUGUUCUUUGAAGGUUGUGCAUUGGCAAGCGUAGACAUUCUGCCUGAAGGCUGCCUUGUCUGUGAGUGACUACACACUGCAUGUAUGCCAGGCUCAGUGUGCCACGCAGUGUCCUAAGUAACCAAGUUUUCCUUGAAGAUUAUAAGUUGUAAAGUUAAUCUCGAUUUUGUCUUUGUGGGUGCCCAGUCUUCAUCUAUUAAACUGCUGUGAAUUUUUUUAUCGUGACUUGAUAACAAAAUAGACAAAAACUUAGAUUGUGUUUGUCUGUCUGUCCAUCCUAGAAUUAGAAGCAUAAUUAUUGUUUUGCUUUGUAUUCAGUCAUGAACUCUCAACUCUGGCAGCUACAACCUACAACCAA